AUCAACUUAUAAUAAUCAAAGGCACAAGUAAGCUGCGUCAGUAUUGUAUUGAUCUUCUUAGAGUGAUCAUACAUAUUUGAGACAAAACAUACUAAACUUGUGACAAAAAUGGAGAAGCUCUUCUUAAUACUUAUUAUAGCAGUUUUAAGUUAUGAAGCGUUUGGCAUGAGCAACAGACAAAAGCGACAAAAUGAAGAAGAAGGUGAUUUAGAAGAUAGAAACCAAGCCAACAUAGACCAGUGCCGCAGAACCUGCCCUGUGACGUCAGAGUACAACCCAGUUUGCGGCACAAACGGUGUAACUUAUAAUAACCCAAGCAGAUUGUUCUGUGAUCAGUUUUGUGGAGUCAGUGUAACUCUACUGAGGUCGUCGAGGUGUCCUACUGCAACAGUUGCGCCUACCGCGUAAUCUAUUAUAUUGUGAUAAUUAAAUUCUUUGUUUUUAAGAAGAAAAAAUAAACCUUAUAAGAGUGUUCUAAUUAACUUGUAUAAUAAAGUAGUGCUAAAAAUUAA